CAAUAUCCAAAUGCAUCCACAUACGAUCACACGUAUAGCGUAUACACUUGCACACAUGAUCAUAGUGUGUUAAUACACGUCGUUUGGUGGGGAGACGACGCCUCUCUAAGCGACGCUCCGCGUCUUCGUCAGUCAAACCGCGAUCGUCUCCGCGUAAUAGGCUUGUCGAGAUCACCACAAGGUAAAUGGAUGGUUAGUGGACAGUGUUGAUCAGUUUUACUUGACAAAAACAGACCAGCCAACGCAGUUGGCACGUGCGAAAUAUUCGUUACGCCGGUCGACUCGAGAAUAGACUUUCUUCCUCUCCCUGGCGACAUUUACCGGGCUACGAACACUCUUAUUCCGGAUAUCAGUUUUCAACUGGAUCGUUGUUAAGUCUUCGUCUCUUCCUACCACGUGAUCAGGCUAAGAAAAGUGAGAUAUAUCGUGAUAAAGAAACAUAUACAGUGGCUAAAUACAGUGUAGAAAAUGAAGAUUGUUGUACUCUUAGUCACUCUGGUCGCAGUGGCAAAGUGUCACGAACCAUUCCGGGUAGUCUUUCAAUGGAACACGAUCGACGUGAUGUGGCCAUCGGAAGAGAAUAAAGAGUAUGCAAUCAGCCACAAUGAUUACGUUCCAGCCAAUAAUUUCAUAGCCGGUAUUAAAUUUUGGAAGGGUAAAAUGUACUUGACAAUACCAAGAUGGAAAGAUGGAGUACCUGUAACUCUCGGAGUCACUUCUGCUAAACCGGUGAAUUAUAUUACUGCUCCUAAACUGGAAGCUUUCCCCAGUUGGGAGAUGCAGAAAAUUGGAGACUGUAGUGCAUUUCAGAUGGUCCAAAGUAUGGAGAUCGAUCCCAUAGGACGUAUGUGGGUACUAGAUUCUGGCAAGAUGUCACCUCUUUCUUUAGAAGUGAAGACCACUUGUCCACCGAGAUUGGUAAUCCUAGAUCUCGAGAAAAAUGGUGAGGUUUUACGAAUUUACGAAUUCCCUACGAACGUAGCUCAUCACGGUACAACUCAUUUAAAUGAUAUUGUCUUGGAUCACGAGGAUGGUGGUAUGGCAUAUAUUACAGACAGUGAUCGCAACGAUCCUGGUAUAAUUGUUUAUUCUUUGAGAAACAAUACUUCGUGGAAAGUUAGACACGAUUCUAUGAAAGCUAAACAAGAAGCAGUUAAAUUCAUGAUUUCCAAAACUCCCAUUAAUAUACCUGUACCUGUCGAUGGAAUUGCUUUGUCUCCUGCAAGUAGUAACGACAGACAAAUAUAUUACUCACCAUUAUCCUCCUUCCAUCUUUAUUCUAUACCAACUUCAGUGCUGAAGAACAAUGCAAGCAAUGUGGAUAGUUACGUUAAAGAACUAGGAAGAAAAAAUUCUCAAACUGAUGGAAUGAUGAUGUCAGCCAAAGGAGUGCUAUACUUUGGACUGUUGGCUGAUGAUGCUGUAGCUAUGUGGGAUACUAAACAGUCCAUCUCGUUCACUACUGGGCAGAGAGUGAUCUCGAGAGAUCAUGAAAGGAUGCAAUGGCCAGAUACAUUUGCGUUCGACGAGGAUGGUAACUUUUAUUGCGUUACCAAUUCUUUGCAAAAUAUAUUGGAGAAUCGGGUCAACGUUAGCAUACCAAACUAUCGAGUAGUCAGAUCACAGACUGGAGUUAAAAGUUAUCAAUAUUUGGAGGACGGAACCGCGCCGGAACAGCCGGAGAUUCCCACUUCAGCUGCAAACAGGAUUAGUCUCGCCGUUACUACCGGAUUAACCAUUCUGUUGGCUUUCGUCGUGCAGUAAUUUUUCUUUCUCUCUUGUUCCCUUGUUCUCUUUUCUUCAGAUAUGCUCGGAUAUAUUGAAGACAUUUUUAUCUUUUUCGAAAUGCAAAAUUACAGAUAAUACGUACGAUGAACCGUCCAAAUUUUGGUGGCCUUGAACAUUUACAUAGUACUGAUUAUAAAUGUGACAUACAUGAUUGUGAUAUGAAAUCAUGGUGAGAAAAAACCAAGCAAAAUUACUUGAUCAUUUGAGAUCACUAAUUAUUAAUUUUAAUUUUUCUAUUUCUUUAACAUCGUAUAUUUCAGUUUAAUUCCAUAAAUAUUAUAUUAUUUAUAUUAUUUUUAAAAAUAUAUCGAUUUCAAGUGAUACGUGAUUACUAUUCCAGGAAAAUUGUUAAACUUUUAUCAAUAUAAUUUUUAUGACAAAAGAAAUGAUCUUGAAUGGUUAAUUAAUUUCGAUUGCAAUAAAAAUUUUAAUUCACAAUUAUGUUAUUAUAUACAAAGUUUGUAGAUCUGUGAUGUUCAAAGAUGAAGAAUCCUACCAAUCGAAGAGUAAUUCGAUCAAGAUUACAUAAAGUAACAAUUUGAAGUAAAAUAGUAAAAUAAUAAAUUUUACUAUUCGAGAACCAAAAGCAUCUUUGUCCAAUGUCAUUUUCACAAUCUCAAUUGCUGCGUUCAAGAUUUUCAUCGAAAUGGACCGAGAGCAAAAUUGAUCUCCUGCAGUUCAUCGGUAUUAUUACGAAUAAGUAUUUCUACAUGGUCUUUAUUGCGAACAGUAAUGUAUCUAUUUUUCUUUCCAAUCUCAACAAUGAUUUGAUAUUCUUACUUUCAUAUAUUGUAUAACAAUUAUUGAUGAUAAAAAAGAAAAGAAAAAAAAUAUUUUAUUAGAUUUUUCAAAAUCAAAUAAAAUUUUACAGUGGUAAUGUUUUUUAUACAGAGAAAAAAGAAAAUAUUAGUUAAAAAAGUCAUACUUCGGAAUGAAAAUACUUUUAUUGUAAAUAUAUUAUAUAUUGAUAAUUUUAUAAAUAUUUAUUUUUUUAUUCGCGUUUAAUCAGAUCACUUAAUUGAAUUGCUGAACGUUAAAUCAUAAUAAUCGCAUAAAAAAAUUAUAUUAUUAUAUUUUAUAUUUUUAUAUAGAAAUUUUCGCUGUAAUGCCAUCGCAUUCAUAUUUAAUUGACCUCAAAUUAACAUCGUCAAUGAAGAAUAUUAAAUCUGUCAAUCAAAUUAAAACGCUUCCAGUCCAGAUUGCAUGACUUAAAAGAGAAAUUAAAUAAAAAUUCACGUUGUGCUUCUAGGACAUAUAUAUGAGAUUGAAAGGAAGAUAUUUAUUAAGAACGUGAAAGUUAUUAUCGAUGAAAAUUCUGCUCAUUGGAAGUUUGUCAAAAUGGCUUGGAAAAAAAAACGAAAUGUUAACGAGCAUAAAUUUUAUGGAAUCAAAGUUCGACAAGACAGAAACGACAACUCGGGAACAAAUAGAAGGCAACGAUAAUGAAUGACAUUGAUUUUAUUACCUGGAGAAAUUGAUCCUCUGUAACGCGAUACCGGCAACAUUCCAUUCCUUGACUUUUCAUUUGUCUCAAAGCUAUUGUGAUUUUUAAUACGGCACGCGUUACUUAUAAAUUCCUAUUGAAACAAUGGAGAAUAGUUUCUAAUUUUUGAAAUAAACAGUUAAUAAUCUAUAUUGCUUGAAGUAAUCAGAAUAUAUAUAUAUAUAAACUUAUUGUUAAGGAGAGAAAUUUUAAUUAUUUUAAUUCUUUAAUUACUUCAGUCAAUAUGAGAAUACAAGUUUUUAUCAUAUUAUUUUAUCGUGUCAUAUAUUAGAUGACACACAUGGAUUCCAGAGGAUUCAUUUCAAGAAAAUAGUCAUUUAUUAUCACUCCAUUAGUUUAAGAUACGAUAAUAAUUAUUAUUAAUUAUAUAUAUAUAUAAUUAAUAAAAAUAUAUAUAUAUCUGUUAUUUAAACUAUGACAUAAUCAUUCUAUUUGGAACAAACGUACAAUAAAUCUUGUACGGUCUUAUGUGAAUACAAAAUAUGUAUUUAUCGUUUUGUUCGUUCCCUUUUUUAGUUAACUGAACAAGGAAAAGAAGAAGGAGAAAGAAUAAUUAAUUUAUAGUACCUUAGUCUCGAGCUAUGAAUACGUAUAUAUUAUAUGUAUAUAAUAUAUAUAUAUAUAUAUAUAUAUAUAUAUAUAUAUACAUAUCAUAUAUACAUAUAUAUAUAUAUGUUUGAUGUAUAAUCAGUGUGUACAUUACACAUGUAACAUGUACGAAUAGCUUUAAUACAUAUGGCCUUAUUUGCGACGAUUGAAGCUGUAUACUACGUUGAAAAAUAAUCAUCUGAAAUCAUUGGUAAACGCAAUUUUCCACCAUUUAUUAAUGCAAUUAUUAAUUCUUUUCAUGUCUUCAGUCUUAACAUCUUUGAAAAUUCACGUCGAUUUUUUGUAUAGAAAUAUCGUGCAUAUCUUUAUCAUAAUAUAAGUCAAAACGUUAAUAAAACAGAUUGUCGAAUCGUGUAAAUACUACUGUACUGAUCACGAAUUUCGAACCAUCAUUUUCAUUGUUAUAUUUUAAGUAUAAAUCUAGAAAUAUAAAAAUAACAAUGUAUACUUAUAUUUAAUAUUAAUAUUAUGUAUAAUAUUUAAACAUUAUUCUAUUUAUAAACUCUAUAAAAUUUUAAUCAAAAUUUCUUGAAUUUUCACAAAAUAAUAUUAUCAAGAGGAUGACUCUCAAACUUUUGUUCAGUAGCGUAGAGCUAUCACGUUUAAAGGCAGGCUAUUAAACACGUACAGUGCCAGUGUGAAAUGAAUCUUUCAUAUAGCACAGUACGUGAUUAGAAUCUGCAUUUUCAUGCGCAUUUGUUAAUUGAAAAAGAAAACAUGCAACCUAUCAGAAAGUUCCAUCAAUUCCAAGUCCAAUGAUUGUACGAAAAAAAGAAACUACAUGUAAAGAUGUUCAACAACAGAGCAUCGUGGUAAUCUCGCUUUCAACCUCUCUUCCCACAAUUGUCUCUUCUUUCAGCACGCAGCGUCCCAGUUUUGCAGCAAAGUAAGCUGCACGCACAUUAUUACGCGUCACAAACGAAGCCAGGACCUAGCCCUGAACCACAAGUCAACGAACGCCAGGGAGAGGCUCGGAAGAUUACAAAACUGUGCCGAGAACAUUCAUUGCACCUGAAAUUAAUCGCAAUCUGCGAAUCAUCAGAAACCACCUGUUACUUUUAGCUCUUUUGUUUACACAGAGCGAACACAUUUAUUUUUUCAAUUGAUUUAAUCAGGAUAAAAUUGAAGAAUGCGAAAAAGAAUUUCGGCAUUUUGAUUAUUAUAUAAUAUUAUUUUUUCUGAAACAAAGAGAAAAAAAAAUCUGAGAUUAUUUGGAAAAUUUUUAUGUGAUAUCGAUAUUAUUAAUAUUUAUGUUUUCUAAAUUUAAUUUUGUAAAAGAGAGGUUGAAAGUAAUAGAAAAAAAUAUUUGAAUAUAUCUUUAGAAUGAGUCAUAAAUUGUAAUGUAAAAAAAAAUGAGUGUGUAGCCUUCAAAAUGAAUUUCAAUAUUCAUUUGCGCUUACAAUAAAUGAUGUCAUUAUAGAUUGGAAAAAAGAAAGUUCUUACGGUUUUUGUUAUUUUGAUUUUGAAUGCUUUAUUUUCGAUUAAGUUGAUGUUAAAUUACAUUGAUUUUAUAUAUAAUUUUAAUUAAAGGGCAUUUUUCGCUUUGUGAAAAAUGUGAUACUAAUUUUAUUUUCAAAUUAAUUUUUCUGAUUUCUUAGGUGUUGAAAAUAUAAAAAUAACAAGAAGCAAAUUCGAAUAAUUUUUCUAUUCCAGUUCAAACUAAAUUGGAAAGCUAUCGAAAUAUCAACGAGGCGUUUAGUUCUAGGACCACUAACUGCAUAAUGGUAAUUUAAAAAAUUUCGAAGCGAUUACGAGAGUCUUGAAGACGAUGAGUGCAAAAAUGCUUCAAAUCCCAGAGAGAUGUUGAAACGGCAUUCAACGUGUUUGUCGCCUCCAUGACUCUAGAAUUUUAUUCAACCGAAAUAACAAAACUUAUUUCUCGUUGCCAAAAGUGCAUUGAUUGCAAUGAUCUUUAUUUUGAUUAAUAAAAUUUUGUUUGAGCUAAGAUAUGUGCAUUUGAAUUUAAAAAUCGCAAGAACUUUCUUCCCAAUCUACUAUGAAAAUACUAUGAAAAGAAUAUUAAAUAUAAAUUUCUAUUUCCUCAUCGGUUAAUUAAGUGCUAAUUGAAAAAUUCAAGAAGACCAGUUGAAAAUUUAAUUAAAAUUAAAUUAUCAUGCAUUAUCGUGUCGAUUAUACAUUCCCUUUAUGUGUGUAAUUAAAUCGUCAAAUUGAAUUAGACGAUUUUAAGUGAUUGAAAUGAAUAUUGAAAACUUAGGAAUGAUUGUAUAUUUAACAAACGAUCGAAGAAUUCAAACAAAUAUUGUUUGUUUGAAAAUCUAAGAUUAUAAAAUAUAUUUGAUAAGGCUAUACACUUAUCAUGGUUUUGUUUUUAAACAAAUAAUUGACAUCUAAAAAAAUUAAAAUAAUAUUGCAAAUUAUUAUAAAAUAUCUGUUAAUAAUUAUAAGAUUUUAAUAGUCGACCAAUCUUUUAAUAUUCUAGUCAAGAGCAGCCUUUAUGGUGCUUUUUGACAAUAAAAAUGAGUGUCGACAAUACUCGGCAAAGUAUUCUAUCGUAACAGUAGAUUUGUAAGUGCUUUCUAUUAUGAGAGGCUGGUUGAGAUUUCGUUUGGUUUCGUUGAGAGUCUCGCUCAGUUGAAUUCGAUUACAGCUAACUUUCAGGUUGGAACAUUUUACAUGAUUGUAAAAUUAUUUCCUGUUUACUCCAUUAAAUUAUAUUUAAAUGUAUAAAUUUGAAUUUCACAUUAGAUAAUAUAAUUGGCACGAUCUUAUUUACAAUAAUUCGGAUUAUUGAUCUUUAUGAAACGAAACGGAAUCGAAUAAAAAUACCAUGGAAGUUAAUAUAUUUUCUGUAGUAAUUAAUUAAAUAGAGUGUUCUUUAAUAAAUAAUACAAAUAUUAGUUCUUGAAAAUAAAAUAGUAGACGCAAAAUAAAAUUAAUUUUAGUUUUUGAAAAAAUGCAUAGAAUGCGUGUAACUUAUAGCAGAAAAUGCUAUUUUUGUGAAUGAGAACAAUAGUUAACUCAAGUCACAAAAUCUCGUGAAAAAUAUGUAUAGUGAAAAUGAAUUUGAUUUUUACGUAAUCAAUUGUUUUUUAUGGAACACUCUGUACAAUAUGUAGUAUAUAAAAAGUAUAACGCUCCUCGUAUCAAUAAUGAAUUAUUUUAAUUUAUGUAUUAGAAGAGUGUAAUUAUUGUGUAUGUUUAAUGUUAUGUAAAUUAUGUUUUAAUAAAGAGAUAGAUCGUA